CUGAAAGCCAAGUCAGCGGACGCAUGCGACGUGCGAGCGAGCCCUUUGCAAGGGCAACAGCUACCGCUGAACCAACCCAUGUGCAGACCAAUGAUGAUGCAGAGUCUGCUGCUUCCCUCCCUGUCACCGCUAUCCUCUCCUCCUUGGCUCGCCCAGAUUCAUCUGGUGCUCGAGACCUACGGCAUGAGAUUGCUUCCGUUCUGGCUGCAGGUGGGGCGCUGACCUCGAUCGACUCGAGGACUCGCGAGGUGGAGCACAUGCUGGAGGAGAUCAUGGCGGUGGCGAGGCAUACUGGGCAUGAUGAGAGUGGCAGAGAGGAGGAUGCUGCUCUGCCGCCGCUCCCGCCGCCGAUUAGACAUGUCGAGUCGCCGCAUCCGUACCGCAACUCCAUGGACGAGACGUGGCAGGUGGAGAUUCCCGGCGCACAGGGUCUGGCCCUCUCCUGGGCGCCCAACUGCAAGACCGAGACGCGGUACGACAAGGUGUAUGUGUACCGAUCAGCAGGCCACUCUGACGAGGUCGCCAUGUUUACCGGUACCAACUUUCGUGGGCUCACUAUCGACAACACCGAUCGGGUCUACAUCCGGCUCGUCACCGACUCCUCCAACACCGAGUGGGGCUUUGCGGUCGACAUCGCCGCCACAGCCAUGGCUGGUCCACUCACAGCACCGCCGCCUGCACCGCACCUGCCGGCUGACCUCGCCCAUCUCGCUUCCGCGUCCGGCGCGCCUGGCGCUACCGCUGGCGCCGCCGAUGCCGCUGCGAUGCAGGCCGCCGCCACCAACACUAUGCUCGCGUGCGUGGUGGAGCUGAUGAAGGCGCAAGCCGCCACUUCGCCGCAGCUCAACACCUUUAUCCUCUCGGCUUUUGCUGACCUCAUGGCUGGCGCCGGGCCGGGCUCGCUCCUCGACGUCUCGCCGCUCAUCGGCACCGCCCUCGACCACUUUCGCCGCUACGUCGCCGAGCUCAUGGCUGCCGACGACACGGUCGCGCGGCAGGCCCUCCUCCCGCGCGAGCUCGAGCCCAAGGUCACCAUGCUCAUGGCUGCCAUGCCCAUUGCAUCGGGUUCACUCGCGGCGCUGCUCCAUCUUCUCCCACAACUCUUCUCAGGCGGCUCGUACAACACGCCAAUUGCCCUCGCCCCGCAGCUAGCAUCAUGGGCGCGGUGGCAGGCAGAGCUGCCCUCGCCCGGCCCGGCUGCGCUGGCUAUGCACAUUCCGGAAGAUCCGCCCAUCGCCUCGUUCUUUGUGUGUCAUGAUGGCGACCGCGUCGUGCCUGGCAAGGUCACCUCGGACGGGACGACGCUCUUUGCGCUCCACGCCUCUACGAUCCUUGCCGUCGCUACCGGCUUUGGCGCAGCCCGCGCCGGCUCGGUCGUUCGCGCCGCAGUUGUCCAGGGCCUCUCGUCAGGCGCUUGUCGUGGCCUCUUCUUCUUUGCAGGCACCGGCCUCAUUGCAUUUACCGACUCGGGCCGAGUCGUUCGCAUCUCGCCCACCACCCUUGCUGUGGAGGCCACUGACAUGGUGCCCGAAGAGUUCUCCACCACUGCCCAGCUCUGCUCCGACGGCGUUUAUCUCUAUGCUGUUGCCUACUCGGCCGCGACGACUACCACAGUUGAGGUCUAUCAUCCUUCAGACCUCGCCCACCCUCUGCGAACUGUUGCCGUCGCCCACGUUGUGACUGCCAGCGAGCGGGUCUAUUUGCCGUACACAAAUGGCGAGGUCAUGGUCUUCCCGUCCGCAAAUCGACUCGUCGCAGUCUCGCUGCGGUCUGGCGACCUCGUCCGCUCCCGUCCAAUCUCGCCUGCUGAGCCAUCGGCGCUCACCGAGCCGCUGCCGGGCUUCCCCGCCCCGCUCCGCUCGGCAUUGCUUCGUGCGUACGAUCCCGCCACCAACGCGGUGUGGGUUGUCGCUCAGUGUGGUCUCGUUGCUGCGCUCCCCUGCCCAGGAAUCGUCCACCCUGUCCCGUCCGACAUCGUCCAUGCGCAGGCCCGUGCCUCUAUUCUUAGUCCCUUCGUUGAAGUGGGCCGUGCUGGUGCGUCUUUGAGUGGAAGCGUGCUCACCCAAGGCCGUGCCGGCUUUGCCAUGCUCCAUCUCAUCGACUUUCACCUGGCGCCUCUGCUUCCGACCUGGCUCGCUGCCGGCGAUGAGAGCGGAUCGGCACUGCCGCUCCCGGUCUCGGCAGAGUCGCAAUGGGUGAGCAAGCUGCCGUUUGCGCUCGAGUUUGCGCCGCACGCCGACGUGUUUGGCCCGAUGGUGGACCUGCUCCGCGCUGCUGCUGUUGCCGCCACGCCCACCGGGUGGUGGUCAGACAAGGUGGCAGGCACAGCGCCGAUCUCCAACGCUGACUGGCUCGGCCUCUCGGACGCGCCGCAGGCCGACCGCAUCUACGCGCUUCUUGUCGUUCUUCGCAUGCUCCUUACCCAGUGCGUUCACCUCUCGCGGUUUGGUCGCUCCGCCGCCGACUACGGCAUGACCCGCAGCGUCUCGUCCGCGCUGGUCGAGAUGCUGUACGGACUCAUCAAUUUUCCGCUCGAGGCUACGUGGGCGGCGGCGCAGCUUGCUGCCGCCAAGCGCGUCCGAGCCCACGCGCUCGAGCUGGCAUCCGGCGUUGGCUUUUCGCACGUCUUCCCCUCUACCGACCAACAGCUCGCAGUCUUUGCCGAUCUCCUCGCAACGCCGGCUGCCGAGCUCGCGCCAGGCAAGGCACGUGUUCUCGGUGCGCUCAUCUCAUCCGAAUCCGACUCGAUCUUGGCGUCCUUGGGCGACGCUGGCGCCGUCGACGCGUCGCGGAACACCCUCUUUGCCAUCCUCGCUCAGCUCGCCCGUGCUGUCGAGACUGUUGCCGCCCGUGCGCCGGUCAGCGAGCUUGUCGCGUCGCUUGCGAGUCCUGCCUUUGACGCCGUCGCCCGCGACAUGCACUGCUCUGAAAUCGAUCGCUGCCUCGGCGACCUGGCGGCUUCGCCGCUGGUCGAGCUUCUCGUCCGGGCGCAGACCGUCCUCCACGCUGCGCCUAACCUCGACGGCCUCGCUAGUCUCAAGGCCGACUACGUGGUCCGCCUCUUGGAGCAUGCCAUGACCGAGCUCGACCGUGCCGAUGAGCUGGCGGCGGCGCUGCUGGCGGAAGCACCUGUCGCGACAGGCGCGUGCGCCGAGCUCCGAGCCGCAGUGGUCAUGCGUGCUUUUGACAGUACCUACGGCCAGCUCCUCCCGCAUGCGCUUGCCGAGUCUCUUGCUGCGUUGAAAUCCUAUCCGCGGUUUGCUGGGCGAAUGCACGGCCUCCUCGCCGCUGUCCUCGCCCGGGCCGAGGCCAUUCAGGCUCACUUUGGUCUCGAGGGCGAGGCCGGCUCCGGCUCCUCGCUCCACAUGCCACAAGUUGUCGAGUCGGCGCAUCCGUAUCCCAACAACGACGACCGCGAGUGGACGAUUGCAUUUGACGGCGUCGCCGCCAUCGAAGCCGUCUUUGACGCCCGCUGCUCUUCCGAGUCGAACCGCGAUACGCUCACGCUCACAGACUCGGCCAACAGGCUGUACGCGUUCUCCGGGCCCAACUGGCAGCAAGAGCCGCUGCAGCUCACAGGCCCAACCGUAUUUGUCUCGUGGCAGUCCGACUACUCGAACAACGACUGGGGCUUCCGCAUCACCUUCCGGCCGCAAGUCCGUCAGCCGUUGGUUCUCGACUCUGUGGCGUCAGCCGCAUCGUGGUCGCUCGUCCACGCCCUCGCGUGUAUGGUCGGCGAGUCCGAUCCCGAGGCACCCGACGUCGCCUCGCUUUCGCCGCUCGAGCGCAAGUGGCUUGAAUCGCCGCUCCUUCACAACGGCUACCGCGAGCCACUGACGCCGGAGGCCAAGGCUGAACUGUUGCUGCUUGUCGGCUCGCUUGCCGAUUAUGCUGCUGAUGCAGUCACCCCGCUGGUGCUAGCCUGGGACGAUCCAGCUGACAUUGCGCUGUACCACACUUUUGUCGCUGUUCACCUCCACCACGCGUCGGCUGUUGGCGCCGCCUCCAGCCUGGCGGCCGCGCUCGCGGCUGGCACUCGCCCGAUCAAGCCGCCGGCGUGGCUUGCCGCCGCGUGGGAGGCCGCUGGGAAGACGCUCAAGUGGCUGGAGGGCUUGCUCUCAGCCGACAAGUCGGCGGCUAGCUCGACACAGCUCACCAGUUCGAUCACCGCUGAGCGCCGGAGGAGCAUGGUUGCCGAGCUCUUGACCAAGGCUGACUUUCUGCUCUCGCUAGAGCCGGCGUGUUCGACCGAGCAGGUGUUUGUGGCCAAGGCUGAGGGUCCACCGGUGGCCGACAAAGCCGCGCCUGGCGACAACAGCGAUGCAGGCACGCGGGCACGGGCGCGGUGGCACAAGGCCAUGCGCGCCGCGCGCAUUGUCUCGCGCUUCAAGUCGUGGCAGUCGGCCAUGAAGACUGGCUCGGAGCGCCGGUCGCGGGUCCUGAGCAUUGGCGCACUCUCGGCCGCCAUCCACGGCUUUGUUGCCACCAAAGACGCGCUCAACGCGUUGAGCCUGACCGAGCUGCUGCAGGCGCAAAAGAUCAAGGCCCAGUUGCGGCUCGCCGGCUUUCAUGGUGUGCAAGCGCUACUGCAUCCGGCAGAGCCCGGAAGCGCGGUGCUGGACGCCUCGCUCAAGGCGGUCCUCCUGCACGAGCUCGGCCUGGCGUUUGCGUCGAUGUCGCUGCGCGACAUGCUCGCUGCGCCACGGACGCUCUCUGAGCAGUGCCUCCGCGCCCAGUUUGAGCUGCUGGCGUCGAUGGCAAAUGGGCUGACGCUCGAGGCUGCGGUGUCAGGUUCAAGCUCGCCCAUCGAGCGUCAGCUGCUCACGGUUGCCCUGUGCAACGUCCAGCUUCCGGACGCGCCGAGUGACAAGAGCCUCUUUCUGCAGUCGGGCGUGCUGGACAAGUUGCUGGACCUGCUGCGGGUGUGCCGCGGUUCGGACGCGCCAUCACAGCACCUGUGGAAGACGACCAUGCUCGUGGCCUCGUCGCUAGUCAUCCAGAUGGUGAGCACGCUUGAUCUGGGCUUGGACGGCGCCGCAGCCAUCGGCUCGCGGCUGGUGGACGUGCUCAUGACCGCUCUCGAGGCCGUGCGCCCUAGUAUGCCGCAGCAAGCGGUUGUUGCGGUUCUGACUCUGCUGGCGCAAGUCGCGCGCCGGGCACCGCCUCAGCUGGUCCAGCGCGAGCUCUGCAACCCACCGCGGCUGGCGAUGCUGCUACAGACGGCGCGUUGCCACGAGAGUGUCGAAGUUUUGAGCGUUGUUCUCUCACUGCUCGGCGACAUCCUGCCGGGCGCGUCCGAGCCGGGCGCGCUUGCUGCCCAGGUUGUGGUCGGCACGGCUAGCAUUCCGCUUGUCCAGGCGCUUGUCCAGGAGCUUGCUCGUUGCCUCUCCGGCGAGUACGUCACGGUGGGAUUGAGCGUCUUUGGCUGCGAAGUGCAGUCUUGGGACGAUGCUCAAGGUCUUGCCUCUGAUCUCGCCGCGCUUGUUCGUAAGCUCCUCGAUGCGUCUGCCGCGUGGGGCGAGGUGACAAGCACGGUGCUGGAUGACGCAUUGAUGGGAGCGUGUGUGCUCACCACGGGUGUUGCGGACGGGUCGAUCAGAAGCAUGGACGACUUUCUCGCUGCGCCCGAAGUGGUCCGUGGUGCAUGGCAAAGUGCGGCUGCGCUCUACGUGCUUGGCUCGGACCUCCCGCUGCUCCGGGCUGGUGCGGCAGCAAACGCGGUGGCCGACGGCGAGCGCAUGCGCCACGGGCGGGUGCUCGCGCUGCGACCGGCGCAUGCGCUCUUCCUCGCCGACGGGGCGCAGACGCUGUCUGCGGUGUGGCUCCCGCGCGAAGUGCUCAAGCCCCGGCCACUCGCGCCUGUCAAGCGGCCGCUGGUGGGCGUGGUGUCAGAGCGUGCGCGCGACGCCAUCUCUGCACUUGCGUUCUCGUCUACUGGAAACAGCUUUGCGAGCGACAAGUCACUGUCGGCGGUCUGGGCCGAGCUGCAGUGGCGGGCACUUGAAGUGGUUUCUGCCCUGGUUAUCGAGGCGCCACAGGCGCUGGGCGAUGACUACCUGCUCACGCUGCUCAAUUCGCUUGGCUCUGCAGGCUCGUGGACGCUCGAAGCCGAUGCAAGCGCGGCGCGGCGGCUCAUUCCGACCAUUGCGUCGCGGGCAGCCGGGCAGGGCGUGGUGCCUGGCGGCGGCGCCGGCGGCGUUUCGCACGCGUCUGAGACAGUCUCGGGCGAGCUGUUUGAACCGCUACUGGCCAGGCUCUCGACCGGGAGCUUCAGCCUCAGUGCGUUUGGUGAGGUACCGGCGACGAUCAUCGAGCGGGUCUCGUUUGAGGAGCUGCCGCUGCCACCGGGAUGGGAGGCGCGGGCGACAGACCUCGGCCGGCUGGUGUAUGUCAAUCACACGUCACGGACAACACAAUGGGAGGAUCCUCGUGGCGAGGCCGCGCUCUCAAUGUCGACAAUGGUUGCUGGAUCUGGGACUGCGCUUGCGGCGAGUGAGAGUGACGAGCUCGGGCUCAAGGUGUACUCAGCAUUCCCUGUGCCGCACUUCGAGUCAUCACGGGGGUACAUCGCCGAGAACGCGAGCCUCGGGCCUCAAGUCGCCGGCAACGCCGUCAUGGUAACGGCCAAGGCUGUCGACAACGGCGAAAAGCUGAAUGCGAUGUACGCGCGGGUGGUCGACGCCGGCGCGGCGCUCAUGGUGGUGCCGGACACGCUCAGUUCGCACGUGCAGACGCUGGUGGCAACGUCGCUGGCGGCGCUGGUCCGGCCGGAGACCAAGGUGGCGGUGAUGGUGAGCCGUGUUGGGAGUCCGAUUCUGGGCGAGGUCAACGCGCGCGCUGCGGGGCGCGAGGUCUUUGUCACCUCCGAAGGCCUGUUUCGGCCGGACCGGAUUCUGACUGCCGCGCGGGGCGCGAGCUCGGUAGAGUCCAUUCGGCGGGAGCUGGCGGCUGGCUCGCAGUCUGCAGCGGCGGCGGCGGAGCGGGCGGGUGCGGCGGUCGACAUUCCGAGCGCCGUGCCGGACCUCGCGUUUGCAACACGCGCACUCUCGUCGUGGCGCCCGUCGCCGGUGGUCAACCUCGGGACUCGGGCCAAGUACCUGAACCUGAUGGACGAGCCCGAUGGCGGCGCCGGUGCCGACGCCGACGCCGGUGAGGCCGCUGCCGCUUCGGCAGUGACCCUCGAGUCGGCGUCAAGCGAUGCAGGCGGGCGACAGACCAUGCUCGAACUCCUGGCGCUGCUGGUCAAGGCGUACACCACGCUUGCGAGUGUCAUCCGGCAGCAAUUGCUUUGCGAUGUCUUCUCGCAGUGGUCGCCUGAGGCGUUUCUCGGUUUUGCCGAGCGCGCCGAUCCGCAGGCGCUGGCUGCGUUUGUGCACGCGUACGUGCUGACUCAGAAACCAUCGGCAUAUCUCAGGGCAUCCAACGUGAACGUUGUUCCAUGGCGGCCGCUGACGCAGUUCUUGGCAUCGAUCAACGCGCUGUAUGCCAAGUCCGCGGCGCCGAGUAAGCGGCCGUUGCCGCAGCCCGAGCCGCAAUCGCAGCCCGAGCCGCAGCCCGAGCCCGAGCCGCAACCCGGACCCGAGCCCGAGCCGCAACCCGAGCCGCAGCCCGAGCCCGAGCCCGAGCCCGAGCCGCAGCCUGAGCUCGAUCUGGAAUGGUACCAGACAACGGUCGAGGUGGUGUCGGCGAGCGGACUGGCGUCUAAGGACCGCAACGGGUACUCUGAUCCGUAUGUCAAGCUCAACUUCCCGGGCUCGGCUGUGAGCUUCAAGACAUUGGUGAAGAAGAAGACGCUUAACCCUGUGUGGAAGCAGCGUUUCCUUCUGCACCCCGACGACAUGCCCCUGCAGAAGAUCAACGUCGAGUGCUGGGACAAGGACUACGGAACCAAGGACGAUUUCGAGGGCCAGCUGACGGUCAACGUGGCAGCGUUCCCACUCAACGAGACUGUGACGCGCAACUACGUGCUGCAGGGCCGCGGAAAGCAGGAGGAGAUCUCGGGCUCGGUGCGGCUUGCGAUCACCAAGGCGGCACGGCUGAAGCAAGCGCCGCCGCCGUUGCCGACGUCUGCCCACGGAGGGACGCAGGAGGCCAGUGUGACGAGACGGCGCGAGAAAGGCAAGGCCGAAGUUGAGGGUGUGGUGGGUGAAGCAAGCUGCGAUGCAAGGAGCGAUGACGCGAGCGCGCACAGCCGGCUGGCCGAUGUGUGGGUGCCUGCAUCGCGGGAGGAGGCUGACGACUUUACAUGGUUCGGCAUGAGUCUCCUGACGCAGGCACUGGGUGCCCUGACGACCAAGGCGACGACGCCGCUGGCGCGGCUGCGGGCUGCGGGCGCCGAGCUUGUGGUCCGGGAAGUGCUGUGUGUGCAAGUCCGGUGGUACGGCGAGCUGCUCCACAUCCUGCACAAGGCGCUGCUGAAGCGGGUGUGGGACGCAGAGAGCACCAAGGAGCGCGCGUCGCUCUUUGACGUCCUCACCGGGCUGCUGGUGACACUGCGGUGCGCGGGGCGGACGAUGGACGGCGAGUCUGCGGGCUGCUACCGGCUGCUCGCCGAGCAUCUGCAGGCAAACGUGGCGGCCAAUGCCAAGGUGCAGACGACAUACGUGCAGACGCUGACAGGCUUGCUUGUGGUUGCUGCGGGCUCGUUUGCGCCGGCCGCACCGCUCAAGGUGGGCGCGUGGUGGGAGGAAGUGCGGAUGAUGGAGCGCGUGGUCGACGGCUUCCUUGCCGAGUCGAUCUCGUCGUUUUCGCGCGAGGUUCUCGAGGCUGCGUACACCGCCAACUGGGCGAGCGGGCGGGUGUUUGCCACGCCGCACCCGUACCGCAACUCGAUGGAUGAGUGGUACGAGUAUGAGGCGGAUGGCGCAAGCAGUCUGCAGCUGAGCUUCUCGCCGCUGUGCAAGAGCGAGCGCAACUACGACUACCUUGAGGUGUACGAGGGGACGCGGCGGCGGCGCGGCGCGAGGCUCGGGCGGUAUUCGGGAACCAACUUUCCGAGCUCUCUGACAGCCCGCGGCUCGGCGGUGGUGAUGCAGUUUGUGUCAGACGCGUCGUCGACCGAGUGGGGCUUUGAGGUCCUUGUCACGCCGCAGUUCCCGCCGGGCUACCGGCCGGCGGGGAUGGUGUCGGGCGUAGAGGCCAUGAUCCCGCAGUUUGCAUCCGGAUGGAACCUCGACUACGACGUGGCGCUGGCCAAGCUUGUUAACAAGAUCACCGAGCAGCGGUCGCUCGAGUCGUGGCGCUCCGUCCGCGAAAUUUCUGCGGUGCUGCCCGAGGUGCUCGACGGCUCGUCGGAGUUUGACUUUCUGGACGCGGAGCGAGCGACUGCACGGCUCCCGCUGCUCGGCUAUCUCAACCGACUUGUGGAGCUCUCGCUGCCGUAUGUGGACAUGACGCGGACGCGGUCGCCGCAUUCGCUGGCAGCCAAGCUGCAGCGUGCGGCAGGCCUGCUGUUUGGCGAUUAUAAGGCACGGUACCUGAGCGACGUGCUGGGCGCAACCGGGUCCAGCUCGGACCGGCCGCGUAUCACGGUCCACCGGGUGCGGGCGAUGGAGGUGGUGGCUGCGGCGAGCGCGGCCGACCCGCCGGGCUCUGUCCUUGUCUCACUGCCGGACACGAUUGUGGGGCAGGCAGCGGCAGAGCUUGCGCAGGUGCCUGUGGCGCGACUGCGGCAGUCGGAGCGCGCGUUCAAGGUCGAGUUCCGCGGCGAGGGCUCGAUCGACGCCGGCGGGCCGUAUCGCGAGACGAUUUCGCAGAUGGCGGAGGAGCUCCAGGCGCCGGGCAGCAUGUUCAUGCCUGUGCCGAACGGGGCGCUCAAUGUGGGGAUGAACCGCGGCGCGUUUGUGCCUCGGCCGUCGCUGGAUGGCGAGUACGCACGGUCACUGUUUGUGUUUGUGGGCCGGCUUCUCGGGGUGGCGCUGCGGACCAAGGGCUCGUUUGAAAUGACCCUCGCGCCGCUUGUGUGGAAGGCACUGCUGGGGCAGGAGGUGGGGCAGGAGGACCUUGCGCAGAUCGAUAUCACGACGGUGCGUGCGGUCGAGUCUGUGCGGUACAUCGAUCAGCAGGGCAUCGACGCAGAGACCUUUGGUGAUCUGUUCUUUGAGGUCUUCUCGACGCACCUGUUUGACGGGACUGAGGUUGAGCUCCAGCCGGGCGGGUUGGAGCGCGAGCUCACGUUUGACAACCGCGACGAGUAUUGCGACCUGGUCUUUGCUACCCAUGUGCAGGCGUACACAAAGCACGUUCCCGCGAUGCGGGCUGGGCUGGGGACGAUGGUCCCACUCCCGCUGAUCUCGACGGUCUUUACUCCCGACGAGGUCGAGCUUCUGGUGUGCGGGCGGGCGUCGAUCGACGUGGCGCUCCUCAAGUCGCAGACCGAGUUUGGCUACGGCCUCACGGCGCAGUCGCGCGAGGUCGAGUGGCUCUGGUCAGUCCUCGAGUCGUUUUCGCCCGAGGAGCAGGCGCAGUUCUUGCGGUUUGUGUGGGGCCGGUCACGGCUGCCGCUCAACGCCACCGGCUUUGACCAGCAGUUCAAGGUCAAGAGGAUGGACGCGCGCGGGCCGGCCGACGGUGCACUGCCUGUGGCGCAUACCUGCUUUUUCCAGAUCGAUCUUCCGGCGUACACCUCGCGUGAGGCGCUCCGCGCCAAGCUGCUGUAUGCCAUCACCCAGUGUUGCUCCAUCGAUGCCGACACAAACACGGUGGACCGCUCGGCCUGGGGAUGAUUGAAGUGUUGUCAAAAACGUGCGGUUCCACGACUGUGGCUCGAGCAGAUGUGUAAAGGAUUUAGUACGCGCCGG